CGAUCCCAAGAUGGUAUCGUGGGGACCGAAUCGAAGGCCGCUCAGCACGGUAGUUGCUAGCUGAUUUCAGAGCGUUUUGGGCGCAGUUUUAGUUUUUUAUGAAUGUUAGAAUUGAUGUGGAAAGUGUGUGUGGUCGGAUGCCAUUGAAAACGGAGCAGUGCAGAGAUCGCUCAACAAGAUAGGCACCGUUUUGUCCCGCCUCCGAUCCCGUGUCCGGGAGAAUUGCAGCGCCCCCGGGGCUUGUGGCCGGGCUCUUUCCCCCUUUUUAUUUUGCCCACUUUGCGUUGCAAUUUCGGCGCUCCCCGCACUAGGCUAACGGCUCUUUUUCGCCGCCCCCUCACACACGGCGAAGGAGAGGAAAAGGAAACCGGGGAGGAGAGCAAGAGAGGAGACCACAGUAUACGAGAGACAGGAGUGUGUGUGUGUGGAACUACGGUACUUUACACUGGUGGCCGUAAAAAAGUGAAAGUCAGCCUUAUAAAUAAAAAAUCCUGAAAUGAAAUAAAGUGUCAAAGUAACUAAAGCGUUAAAAAAAAGUAAGAAAACGAAACAAAAAAAUAAAAAACAAAAAGAAAACCCAUAAAAAUACACAAAAGACAUACAAAAUAUUCAACAAAAUAAAAAGAAACAAAAAAAAAAAACAAUAAAAAAUCAGAAAAGUUUUCGAAUUCCAAAAAGAAAGUAAAAAAAUUAAACGUAAUUUAAACCUAACUUAAAUUUAGUCGUAAGCAAAUACCAAGCGAUUCGUGCCGAGCAAUUUUUUAUACCCAAAACUCGAGUCACGGUCGCCACACAAAAGGAUUCCAUGUUCACCACCCGAAUUUCCGGCGACAUGAAGAUCUUUGCCGCAGAUGUUGCCGAGAGCAGCGCCACAGCAACGUGCAACACGCCCGUGCAGCAGCAACAGCAGCAGCAGCAACUCGAGUUCCGGUCCCGCAUGUCCAAUGGAUCGCCGGGCUCCAAGGCGGGACAGUGCCACCUGAAGUUCGGCAAGUACAACCACAAGACGGCCAAUCUGCUGCGCCAGGUGAGCAGCUGCCACAGCGGCAGCAACAGCAACAACAGCAGCAACAGCGAGUCCAACAAGGGCCAGCAGCAGCAGCAACUGCACUAUUGCAACAACAGUCACUCGUGGGCACGCAAAAAGUACUUUGGCAACAGCGGCAGCAGCAGCAGCAGCAACAACGUGCAGCAGCAACAACAGCAGCAAUCUGCCUACUACCAGCGCCAGCAGCAGCAGGAUCAGCAAGCCCUGAACAACAACAAUGUGCUGAUGAAGAAUCAAAAUAUCUUGCAACAAGUUGCCGAUGGCAAGGCCAGCGACAGCAACAACAACGGCGGCAGCAGCAACAGGAUGGCGGCCAAGCCAGCCAAGUGGCCCAACGACAACAGCAGCGGCAGCAACAGCAACAGCGUCGGCUGCAGAAAUAGCAACAGCAACAGCAGUAGCACCAAGAAGCGCAACUCGUCGUCGGCAGAGGCAACUGCAGCCUACUAUCGCAAGGAUCCGGAGUCCCGAAACCCGGAUGCUGCAGCAGAGGCGACGGAGGCGGAUGCAGCAGCAACAGAUGCCUGCAACACCAGUGCCUCAACGACGGGAUCGAGCUCAGGGAGCGCCAGCGCGGAGACAUCCCUGGCGAAGGGCCAGGACCCGGAGCAGGACCAGACGGCGAAGCAGCGACCGCGCCAGCAGCCCCUCAGCUUCUGGAAAACCAAUUACCCGCAGCCAAGCGCCAGCCAGCUGAAAGAUAAGGAGACGGUUGCAGCAGUGGUUUCUGCCGCCGCAGCCGCUGCAUCCGAGCAGCAGCAGCAACAGCAGAGCCUGUCCUUCGAGCACAGACGCAACUCGGGCUACCAGCAGCACCAGCAGCACAACUACUACCCGUACUACUACUCGCAGCCCAAGCAGCUGACCAUCGCCUCCUUCCUGCAGAAGGAACUGCUGCCCGAGAGCAGCGAGAAGCCCACCCAGCACAGCAGCAGCAGCAGCAGCAAUGCCAGCAACAACGGCAAUCUCAUCAGCGGCAACACAGGCAACAGCAGCAGCAACAGCAACACAGGCAGCAGCAAUCACAUCAGCAGCGGCAACAGCAACAGCAACAGCAACGGCAACAGCAACGGCAACUACUCGAGGCAGCAAUAUGGCCACCAGUCGGUAGGGAAUGGCUACCAGCAGCAGCAGCAGCGCUACCGCAAUGCCCAGAAUGCCUACCAGCAGUACCAGCAUCAGCACCAGCACCAGCAGCAGCAGCAGCAGCAGCAGCAUCACGCCCAGCAGCUGCACCCGCACCAGCAGGGGAUGGGCAACUCGCACUUCCGGCGGAAGAACAGCGACAACAGCAGCCACAGCAGCGGCAUCAACCAGAAGAAGAUGCACUACAGCCCGCCGGGCAAGAAUGGCGAUCCCACGGACAGAUCCUCCUCGGCACAGCAGCAGCAGCAGCAGCAACAGCAGCACCACCACCAUCCGCACCAGCAGCAGAAGAGCAUCGAGAUCCUGACCAGCAGCAACUUCAACGCCAUGCACCGCCGUAUGCAGGGCGGGAGCAACAAGAACGGCUACUACCAGCACAACUAUCACCCGCUGGCCGGCGAGACGGGCUCCACGCCGACGCGUUCCGAGCACCAGAACCUCUACAACCUCACCUACAUCCAUGUGGACAUGGAGGCAAGCGCAACCGACGGAGCUGGAGCGGGAGCCACCCCGGUGGUGAAGUCCUCGCUGCUGAGCAAGCCGAGCAUUUCCAUAACCCCCGCAUCGGCCACAACGCCAACUGCCACCGUGGAGAGGGGCCUGCCUCCUGCUCCGCUGCGCUCCCUAUCCGCUCCUGCACUGCCGGCGCCAACGAACCAUGUGCGCAACAUGUUCGCCCCGCCACCGCUGGCCAUGAUUGGUCCCCAUGGCCUGCUCUCGCCGGUGACCACCACCUCGACGCCCACCAAAAUGAUCAGCUGCGCCCAGCUGGACGAGGCCAUAACGGCGGCGGCCGCCAGUGGCGACCAGUCGGUGACCACGAGUCCCAGUUACAACCAGGCGGGCUCCUUUGUUAUUCCACACCAGCAGCAGCCACAGCAGCAGUCGCACCUGACCCCGGCCUGCUCCAUGUCGCAGCCUCCGCCACCGCCGCCGCCACAGAUGUUCUUCCACUUUGCCGAGGGCUUCUGCAAUCCGGGAUUGGGUCACCAGGCGCGUCCAGCUCCCGUGUGGCCGCACUCCAGUUCGCCCUGCUACCCGGCCUCCUACGGAUCCAGCUGCAGCCUGAGCGGAAAUGGAACGGGCUCGGGCACCUCCCCCCACAACAAGGAUGGCAAUGCGGUUGGACUGCGGCCCGUGUCGCCGGCGCUCUCCUCUUCCUCGCUGGGCAGUGAAUCCCACUGGAGCAGCACCAGCAACCGCAGUCGCUUGGGCCAUGGAGGCCACCUCUCCAUAUCGCCCACGCCCAGCGCCCUGGGAUCCGCCCAGCUCUCCCCACACCUGGCCGAGAUGCACCCCCUGCACCAGCAACAUCCUCCGCCGCUCGCCAACCACCAUCCCCAUGGGCAGAUGAAUGGGCAUGCCAUGAACUCCUAUGUGCCCCACCGACCACCGCCGCCGCCGCCGCAUCCACCCAUCUCAUCGCCCACACCAACGAUAGGAGCCACAGGAGGGGGCGGAGGAGGAGGAGCAGGAGGAUUAACACCCUGGUACGAGCUGCUCCUGCCCCCCGAUCGCUACUUGGCGCAGGCGCGAAACGUCGAGGUGGCCGUCACGCCGGAGAAGCUCAUCUGCAUGUGCAAGUACGACAAGCUGUCUGCCGAGAUCUGGAAGAGAUUUCGGGGGGCCCAGCAGACGCACAAGAAGUUCAAGAUGAAGAUGCGUCUCUGGCGAUACCUCUUCCUCUGGAUGAAUCAGCCCAUGUUCGAGAGGUACCGCAUCUGCCUGGUGGGCUCGACGAUCACGGGCUUUGGAACGGACUCCUCCGACAUCGACAUGUGCCUGCUGCCCGAGCAGGGGGCCCAUCUCCACCAGCAGCACUACCACCAGCACCACCACUUCCACAACGAGAAGCGAACCGAGGCCCUGAUCAUCCUCACCCUGUUCAAUGCAGUGCUGAAGGACACGGAGGUCUUCCAGGACUUCAAUCUGAUCGAGGCGAGGGUGCCCAUACUGCGAUUCAAAGAUAUCACCAAUGGCAUCGAGGUCGAUCUGAACUUCAACAACUGCGUGGGUAUCAAAAACACCUAUCUGCUGCAGCUCUACGCCCAACUGGAUUGGCGGACACGACCUUUGGUGGUGAUUGUGAAGCUCUGGGCCCAGUACCACGACAUCAACGACGCCAAGCGCAUGACCAUAUCCAGCUACUCGCUGGUGCUGAUGGUGCUCCACUACCUGCAGCACGCCUGCGUGCCCCACGUGCUGCCCUGCCUGCACACCCUGUAUCCGGAGAAGUUCCAGCUGGGCCCACAGGACUGCCUGGAUCUGGACCUCAUCGAACCGAUCGAGCCCUACCAGGCGCUGAACAACCAGACGCUCGGCGAGCACCUGCUAGGGUUCUUCAAGUACUACAGUAGCUUUGACUUCCGGAACCUGGCCAUCUCCAUCCGCACCGGCGGCGUCCUCCCCGUGUCCACCUGCCGCAUGGCCAAGAGCCCCAAGAACGACGUCUACCAGUGGAAGGAGCUCAACAUCGAGGAGCCCUUCGACCUGUCCAACACGGCGCGCUCCGUCUACGACCACGCCACGUUCGAGCGCGUGAAGGCUGUGUUCCUGGCCUCGGCCCGUCGCCUGGACCACACCCUCGACCUGGCCACCGUCUUCCGGCCCAUCCACCACGCCCCAGAGAACUUCGCCCCCCAGCAGCCGGCGUCGUCGUCGUUCGAGCAGCAGCUGCACCACCCCAAUCCCGGCCAGCAGCGGAGUGGGGGAGGAGGCGGUGCCGCCGCCAUGUCCAGCAGGCUGAUCCCGGAAGCACCCUCGACCUUUGCCGAAACGGCAGCUGCCAAUGUGGCCUAACUAAACGCCUUUUUCCAGGUACUUGCGAGCAUAUGAAGAAAAUAGCAAAAAAAAAUCAUAAAUAAAAUGUCCAAAAAUGUUAAAUCAGAACCAAAAACCUUGUAAAUUGAAAUUCACCGAAGGCAAGAGCAGAAUUCCAAGAGAAAAUUGUGAAAACCGUAUUGGAAUCGAAUUUCAAUAGGCUCGAAAAUGCAUUCUCACCCUGUUAAAUGUUAUCAUAUUCAUUUAUUUAUGCUUUUACAAGCCCAAAGUGUUUGAAACGAACUCCACAAUGAUUGUAAACAUCCGCGAAAGGGGUGCGAUCGCGCCUCCCGCGGCUUGUGUCUUUUGAAAACAAAAUGUCACCCGAAAGUGUAAAACUGCAAGUUCUGUAAAAUAAACAACACAAACCAUGCA